AUGGACGUGGACGUGGACGUGGACGUGGACCAAGACGUGGACGUGGACAUGGACGUGGACGUGGACGUGGACAUGGACAUGGACGUGGACGUGGACGUGGACGUGGACGUAGACAUGGACGUGGACGUGGACAUGGACGUGGACGUGGACGUGGACAUGGACAUGGACGUGGACGUGGACGUGGACGUGGACGUGGACGUGGACGUGGACAUGGACAUGGACGUGGACAUGGACGUGGACAUGGACGUGGACAUGGACGUGGACAUGGACGUGGACGUGGACAUGGACGUGGACGUGGACGUGGACGUGGACGUGGACGUGGACAUGGACGUGGACGUGGACGUGGACGUGGACGUGGACGUGGACGUGGACGUGGACGUGGACGUGGACGUGGAUGUGGACGUGGACAUGGACGUGGACGUGGACGUGGACAUGGACGUGGACGUGGACGUAGACAUGGAUGUGGACCUGGACGUGGACGUGGACGUGGACAUGGACACGUGGUCGUGGACGUGGACGUGGACGUGGUCGUGGACGUGGACGUGGACGUGGACGUGGCGUGGACGUGGACGUGGACGUGGACGUGGACGUGGACGUGGACGUGGACGUGGACGUGGACACGCGGACAUGGACGCGGACGUGGACGCGGACGUGGACGUGGACGUGGACGUGGACGUGGACGUGGACGUGGUCGUGGACAUGGACGUGGACGUGGUGGUGGACGUGGACGUGGACGUGGUCGUGGACGUGGACGUGGACGUGGACGUGGUCGUGGACGUGGUCGUGGACAUGGACGUGGACGUGGACGUGGACAUGGACGUGGACGUGGACGUGGACGUCGACUUGGACGUGGACGUGGACGUGGACAUGGACGUGGACGUGGACGUGGACGUGGACGUGGACUUGGACGUGGACGUGGACUUGGACGUGGACUUGGACGUGGACGUGGACGUGGACACGGACGUAGACGUGGACGUUGAUGUGGUGGACGUGGACGUGGACGUGGACGUGGACAUGGACGUGGACGUGGACGUGGACGUGGACGUGGACAUGGAUGUAGACGUGGACGUGGACGUUGACGUGGACGUGGACAUGGUCGUGGACGUGGUCGUGGACGUGGACGUGGACAUGGUCGUGGACGUGGACGUGGACGUGGACGUGGACAUGGUCGUGGACGUGGACGUGGACGUGGACGUGGACGUGGACAUGGUCGUGGACGUGGACGUGGACGUGGUCGUUGACGUGGACGUGGACGUGGACGUGGACAUGCACAUGGACGUGGACGUGGACGUGGACGUGGUCGUGGACGUGGACAUGGACGUGGACGUGGACGUGGACGUGGACGUGGACGUGGACAUGGACGUUGACGUGGACGUGGACGUGGACGUGGACGUGGACGUGGACGUGGACGUGGUCGUGGACGUGGACGUGGACGUGGACAUGGACGUGGACGUGGACGUGGACAUGGACGUGGACGUGGACGUGGACGUGGACGUGGUCGUGGACGUGGACGUGGACGUGGUCGUGGACGUGGACGUGGACGUGGUCGUGGACGUGGACGUGGACGUGGUCGUGGACGUGGACUUGGACGUGGUCGUGGACGUGGUGGUGGACGUGGUCGUGGACAUGGACGUGGACGUGGACGUGGACAUGGUCGUGGACGUGGACGUGGACGUGGACGUGGACAUGGACGUGGACGUGGACGUGGACAUGGACGUGGACGUGGACGUGGACGUGGACAUGGACGUGGACGUGGACGUGGACGUGGACAGGGACGUGGACGUCGACGUGGACGUGGACGUGGACGUGGACGUGGUCGUGGACGUGGACAUGGUCGUGGUCGUGGACGUGGACGUGGACGUGGUCGUGGACGUGGACGUGGACGUGGUCGUGGACGUGGACGUGGACGUGGUCGUGGACGUGGACUUGGACGUGGUCGUGGACGAGGUCGUGGACGUGGUCGUGGACGUGGACGUGGACGUGGACGUGGUCGUGGUCGUGGACGUGGACGUGGACGUGGUCGUGGACGUGGUCGUGGUCGUGGUCGUGGACGUGGACUUGGACGUGGUCGUGGACGUGGUCGUGGACGUGGUCGUGGACAUGGUCGUGGACGUGGACGUGGACGUGGACGUGGACGUGGACGUGGACAUGGACGUGGACGUGGACAUGGACGUGGACGUGGACGUGGACGUGGACGUGGACGUGGACGUGGACGUGGACGUGGACGUGGACAGGGACGUGGACGUGGACGUGGACGUGGACGUGGACGUGGACGUGGACAUGGACGUGGACGUGGACAUGGACGUGGACAUGGACGUGGACGUGGACGUGGACAUGGUCGUGUACGUGGACGUGGACGUGGACGUGGACGUGGACGUGGACAUGUACGUGGACGUGGACGUGGACGUGGGCGUGGACGUGGACGUGGACGUGGACGUGGACGUGGACGUGGACGUGGACAUGGACAUGGACGUGGACGUGGACGUGGACGUGGACAUGGACGUGGACAUGGACGUGGACAUAGACGUGGACGUGGACACGUGGACGUGGACAUGGACGUGGACGUGGACAUGGACGUGGACGUGGACAUGGACGUGGACGUGGACGUGGACGUGGACGUGGACGUGGACGUGGACGUGGACGUGGACGUGGACGUGGACAUGGACGUGGACGUGGACGUGGACGUGGACAUGGACGUGGACGUGGACGUGGACGUAG